CAAUUAAUGUUCUUUCACGUUAUCCGGUAGUAAUUGAUCAAAUCUUGUUUGGUCAAGACGUCUCUUAGGGACAAGCGGAACCGUCAGCAUGUCUCUGUGUGAAAGAAUUCGAGACGGGGUUACAAGAUGGAGGACUGCCAUCGGGGUCAACCUGCCAAACCAUUGGGUUACCUCGUUUAUCCUCUGCUUGAUUCCGGCCAUCAGUUAUGGGUCGGCUAUGACUGUUUCAGGUCAGCUUCUCGAUUGUUACAAAGAUGUCCUUUGUACUCCUUUUGGACGCAGAGUAACUGACGUUGAAGGAACGGCCUUUGUGACCUGGAUGAUUUUAACCCACAUCAUUUUCACCUUCUGGUGUGGUAGUUUGAUCGAAACAUAUGGAAGUCGCGCCAUGCUCGUCUCGAGUUGUUUCAUUGCCGUCUUCGGUUGGAAUUUUCUGUUGGGAUAUCGCCACAUAUACUUGGCCUACUUGGGGCGUGCUAUUUUGGGUAUGGCCUCCGGUCUGGGCGUAGCCUCGGCUUACACUCAUUUGGAUGAAAUUGCCACGCCAGCCAACAAGGGACAACUCAACAUCUUCUUCACGAUGACCUUAAACCUGGGAAGCCUGAUCUCUCUCCUCCUGUCGUACUUCUUCGACGCCACGACACUCCCACUAAUGUUGCUCCUAUUCCCAUGGUCCAUGGUUGUAUGCCGUGGUUUUUUGGCGGAAGGGCCCCAACAUUCGGUCAGAACCCGGACCAAGGAAUCUACUUUCGAUACCUUGUUGAAAUUGAGACCGGAUAUGAUGAGCGCUAUGAGGGAGUUUGUGGAUCUGGAGAGCGAGAACAUGAAGAGAUUGACCAUGAGGGAAACCUUCAGCAAGUUCAAACAACCCGAAGUAUUCCUACCCUUCAUCCUGAUGAGCACAUUAAUGUUCUUCCAAGUCUCUCUUGGAAACGACGCCUUGACGUAUUUCAACGUGGAUUUGCUCCGCCAAUCUGGGAUCGAGAACGACUUUUUGAAGAUAGUGGCUAUUUCGCAAGUCAUUUUCAAUGCAGUGGGAUACCUCGCAGGGGGCAUUUUCUUCAAAUCUAUGACAAGACGGCGCCAAAUUUUGUUCUUUGGAUUUUGGCACGGUCUUGCCAUGGCCUUGGUCGGAGUGUUUACACUCUACUCCGAGAUUUUGGCCGCAGUCUUGGGGCCUUGGCUCAAUCGGAUUGUGGCCACGUUUCUUCUCUCCCUGCCCAUGUUUUUCUACGGAAGCUCUUAUGGUUCCGUAUGCUUUGGGAUGUUAGCCGAAGUAUUUCCACCACAUGUCAAGCCCGUACUUUGCUCCAUUGUUUUGUGCUUCAGAUAUACGGUGGUGUAUUGCAACAUGCAAGUCAUGGGGAGCCUCAUGAAAUCCAUUCCCAUGCCCUACUUUUUCUUCUUUUUCGCAUUCAUCACUUUUGUUGGUAAUUGUGUCGUGUAUUUCAUCCCGGAAACGAGUCGAAAGAGCUCGGCCGAGAUCAAGAACAUCUUUCUCAACGCCUGGAACAAAUGGUUUCCAUCUCGAGAGCCCGUAAAAACAUCCUCUGUCCCGGAAAAUGCGGCGAUCCACCCAAGCUCAAAUGGAAACGAAGCUGACCUUGAACAUAGACUGGCAGAUUUUGAUCCUGAGGGCGUGGUUUUGGAUAAUGUUCAUGGUGACAAUGACCAAUUGGGGUUGGUGAGGGAAGGAAUGGCCAAGGGAGAUGGACAAAAGGAUUUCGAGGUUGGACCGGAGUCUUGUGCAAGCCAUAACGAAUCCCCAACUUCAUCCAUUUCUGAAGGGUCUGAACUGGAUAGUGUUAAUCGAUUGCUGAUAGAAUGAAUGAUUUGCGACGUCAAGGUGUCUCGUCAACUUGCUUACCCUGUACAGAAUCAAUAUUGAAUAAAAAUAUUACUGACCGAA